CGACCUACUUAACAUAAAGAAUUGUCGGGAGAGUCUCGUCCGAACCACCAGAAUUAGAAGGCCAUAUACGGACUAUUCCGCAUAUCCCUUUCCCCUGGAUCUACAACGUACGCGUCUGGACAGAUCUGAUUCUCCACCACGAUCCACCGGCUUUACAGCUAGCUCCCCGUCCCAAGACGCCAAUAACUCCAGGCUAGAGACGGAUAGUCACUUAAACCCUAAAGCUCCCUAUAGAAUUGGCAAUCUAAUAUCUGCUACUUCCCAACAACUCCCUACCGGCCGAAAGAUAUCUUCAUUCGUUUGAAUUGUUUUCUUUUCUGGUUGCAGGACUUCCAUAUAUACCACAAUUGUUUCGCCCAUCCCAUUCAGACACCUAUCCCACUGAGAAACCUCCGAGCGGAACAGCAACAACAUGAAUUUCACCAAAAAGUUUGACCGUGCCUUUCAAUGGGCCGGUGAGAAGAUGGGCCAUGAGGCCAAGACGAGCCAGUCAGACGAAUUCAGAAGUCUAGAGACGGAAAUGGCUUUGCGACACGACGGCUACGAGCGUCUACAGAAGUCUAUGAACACCUACGUCAAGUCGCUUUCCCGUCGGGGCGAGACCUUCGAAGACAAGGAGAAAGGUUUACCUGUCAGCUAUCUGGGUCGGACAAUGAUAGCCCAUGGAGAGGACUUCGAGCAAGAUUCUGAGUUUGGCAAUUGCUUGAUUGCAAUGGGCAGAGCCAACGAACGUGUCGCUGGCAUCCAAGAGACAUAUAUCGCGAACGCGACGUCCAACUGGCUAGAAGGAUUAGAACGAUCAUUGGCCAUGAUGAAGGAAUACCAGUCUGCUCGCAAGAAGCUCGAGAGUCGACGUCUCACAUAUGAUUCAUGCAUGAUCAAGAUGCAAAAGGCCAAAAAGGAGGACUUCAAAUUGGAAGAUGAGCUUCGAACCGCGAAAGCCAAAUACGAAGAGUCGUCUGAAGAUGUCCUGCGGCGCAUGCAAGACAUCAAGGAGGCAGAGGCUGACUCUGUUCGUGACCUUACUAGCUUUCUCGAUUGUGAGCUAGACUACUAUGAACGUUGUGCCGACGAACUGAGACGCGUGAGGCAAGAAUGGGUGGCUGGCCAAGGCCAAUCAAACGGCUCUCGUCCUUCCGACCUUGGCGUCCCACGUCGACAACCAACCAGGAGCAGGAGCAACACGGCCCAUUCAUUCUCGGGCCGCAACGAUCGCACCGAACAAUGGGCCAGCCGACAGGAUAUUUCAGAACAAGACGAACUUACCGCCGAACCUGUGCGCAUGCCUAUACGCUCGAGCCCCUAUCGCAGCAACGGGUCAGCCACGCCCGAUGUGCCAAGGCCAACUAUCAGUCGUACCUCUACGCACAGCGGGGCCUUUGAAGGUCCAGCUUCGAGGCAAUCGUCGUACCGUGAGCCUCCACCUCCGCUUGAAGCGUUGCGUAAAACCCAAGUCGCACCACCGCCCAACGUCGGAUCUCUACGCAAUAACCUACGCCCGGUGAACAGGAUUCAGACGAACCAGAACUUGAGUCCCGAUAUCUAUGCGGAUGAUUACGAUACAGCCACCAGCAGCGGAAGUCCCGAGUAUGAUCGUAGCGAGAGUCCAGCCACGAGCUAUGGAAGUUUAAGCCGUAGUACUAGUAAUAACGGCUUACGCGCAGCGGCAACGGUACCAACCACAAAGAAGGCCCCUCCACCGCCGCCACCAAGCAGGGCUAAGAAGCCGCCACCACCCGUCCCUGCCAGACGGGAGAUGGGAUACUAAAAUCGCGGCAUAGCGUGUCCUGAUAUGUUGCCAUUGCAUUACGUUCAAAAGUGAUGGGACUCUUAAACCUUUGUUGCGGGUAUUCAAAU